AUGAGCAAUAUUUCUACCACUCCGCAACGAAAACAAAGCAACGCUAGUGGUGUUGGGCCGGGAGACUUGGCAGAGCAAGUCUCAUCAAGAGCUAAACGUGAGCUCGAAGAUGACGAAUCAGAAGGUGACGAAGACGAGAAACCCGAAAAACGCGCUGGGCGUCGCAAGAUUAAAAUUGAAUAUAUCGACGAUAAGAGUAGACGUCAUAUUACUUUUAGUAAACGAAAGGCUGGUAUAAUGAAAAAAGCAUACGAAUUAAGUACAUUAACCGGCACACAAGUACUUCUUUUGGUUGUAUCAGAAACCGGUCUUGUCUAUACUUUUACCACACCAAAACUUCAGCCACUUGUCACGAAACCAGAAGGUAAAAAUUUGAUUCAAACAUGUUUAAAUGCUCCCGAUAAUCCUCCAACCACAGAAACGGCCGCAGCACCGACGCGACAAGCUCAAACUCCUCCGGUAUACCCAAGUGAUAAUUCACCACCAGUGGAGAACAACGAUAGUAAUAUAUAUAAUGACAAUGAUCGGAAGCAUCCAUCACCGAGCGGCCAAAAUCUUGCCACCCAUAACAACUACCAACAACUCGGCUUAAGUGGUUACUCUGGUCAAUACAGCAUUCCUGCUAAUAACCUACCGAUGAACCCUGGUGGACUCCCGGCGAGUUACAUGUCAACGAAUUAUCAACCACAACACAGCCCUCCCCAAUACAUUGGUCAACAGUAUUCACCAAAUUCCACAUAUAUGUCUUCAAAUAUGUCUUCAAAUUAUUGGACCGGCGGAUCGAACGGCAAUGGAAAUGCUAAUGGAAAAGUGCAACAACAAUUCCCGAAUCAAACAAACGAAAAGAAACAAUAA